UGAAAUCUGAACGUCACUAUAAAGGGGAGACCAGACCCCUGAACCCUACCAACCAGAGAUGGACACAAGACAAGACUUUCAUUUUUAAAACUCUUUUGUGCUCAGCAAGGCACAGAAUUUAAAAAAUUGGAUACCAGCUUGGACAUGGUUCUAGUAUCUCAAAAUAGCAGAUGACCAGUUCACUAUACUGACCAUGCUGGCCUUUCCUCAAGACCAUCCUGGACCAGAGAGGAAGAGAGAACUCUUACACCGUAUGCAACUCCUGCGCAAAAUACAACUCGUGAAGACAUUCCGCUGCACACAAAAAUGUCCCAUCCUUUACAGUCCUGGAACGGAUCUGGAGCUGGCAAUGGAUCUUUGUUGCCUCUCUCAGUAACAGGAGCACCCAAGCAGGACUACACAAGUGAGGAACAAGGGAACAAAGUGCACUGGGUAGCAUUGCUGAUCCUCCUGGUGAUAAUCCCCACCAUUGGGGGGAACAUACUUGUCAUUCUGGCAGUGUCCCUGGAGAAAAAGUUGCAAUAUGCUACCAACUACUUUCUGACGUCCUUGGCGGUGGCAGAUUUACUCGUGGGUCUUUUCGUGAUGCCAAUUGCCCUUCUCAUAAUAUUAUUUGACAAUACCUGGCCUUUACCAACUGCCUGGUGUCCCGUCUGGCUGUUCCUUGAUGUCCUCUUUUCCACAGCUUCCAUCAUGCACCUCUGUGCCAUCUCCCUGGACCGCUACAUUGCGAUAAAAAAGCCAAUCCAGGCCAGCCAAUACAAUUCAUGGGCUACAACAAUCAUCAAAAUCAUUGUGGUUUGGCUCAUUUCAAUAGGUAUUGCAAUUCCAGUUCCUAUCAGAGGCAUUGAGGAUGGAAAUGGUAACUCUACAAACAUCACGUGUGCCCUGAUGCCUGAUCGUUUUCAUGACUUCAUUCUGUACGGAUCAGUGGCUUCCUUUUUCAUUCCCCUCGCUAUCAUGAUCGUCACUUAUUUCCUGACAAUCCAAGUGCUGCGCAAAAAGGCCUAUUUGAUCAACAAGCCACCCCAGCGCUUCACCUGGUCAACAGUGUCCACGGUCUUUCAGCGUGACACAACACCUGCCUCCUCACCAGAAAAGGUGGCCAUGCUAAAUGGCUCCAGAAAGGACCAGACUUUGUCCAGUGACAUGCUUAUCUGCAGGACAUCCACAAUUGGGAGGAAGUCCAUGCAAACGAUAACCAAUGAACAAAGGGCAUCAAAAGUUCUGGGGAUUGUAUUUUUUCUUUUCUUGCUGAUGUGGUGCCCGUUCUUUAUAACAAACAUCAGCUCAGUUCUGUGCAACUCCUGCAACAAGGAGGUUUUUCAAAAGCUUUUGGAAAUAUUUGCUUGGAUAGGGUAUGUAUCCUCAGGAGUGAACCCUCUUGUAUAUACACUCUUCAACAAAACAUUUAGGGAGGCUUUCAGCAGGUACAUUACUUGCAACUAUCAGACCACAAAGCCUAUCAAGGCCCUUGGGCAGCGCUCCAGCAGGAUCUCUUUCAGAAGCUCGGUAGCAGAAAAUUCCAAGCUCUUUGUCAUGAAUGGGAUGAGAAAUGGGAUUAACCCCAUUAUAUACCAGAGUCCAAUGAAGCUAAGGAGCUCACCCAUCCAAGCAUCAUCAGCCAUUCUGCUGGAUACGUUGCUGCUCACCGAGAAUGAGGUUGAUAAAACAGAAGAGCAAGUCAGCUAUGUAUAGUGGAAUGGCAGCCAUGUCCAUACAGUAUUACUGUAUGUAUUAUUCUAGGUAACUGCACUGUAAGAGGGUAUAAAUACUGUUGGUUUCUCUUAUUUAUGAAAGCAAUCUUAUAAAUUUGUAUUAAUUCCUCUCCUCCAAAGUCUUCUCUACUUUUACCCCAACCCCAUGGUGGCAACCACAACUUCAUUCCAUGACAAAUGACUCAUGCAGAAGGAAGAGGGAAAUAAAUAAAAGCUAAAUCAGUUUAAAUAUCUGA